CCAGCAGGGCUCAGCAUGGACCAGUCUGUGGCGAUCCAGGAGACCCUGGCUGAGGGGGAAUACUGCAUCAUCAUAUCCUUCCCAGCACUACAAGGUGUGCUGUGUGAGGGAGACAGCAGACAGAGCCGCCUCCUGGGACUCGUGCGUCACCGCCCGAAACAAGGUGGCCAGGAACAUGCUCUCUUCCUGUAUACGCAUCGGAGGAUGGCCAUUACGGGGGACGAUGUCUCUUUGGACCAGAUAGUGCCAGUCUCACGGGAUUUUACGCUGGAAGAAGUGUCCCCAGAUGGCGAACUCUACAUUCUUGGCUCAGAUGUGACCGUCCAGCUGGACACGGCGGAGCUCAGCCUCGUGUUCCUGCUGCCCUUCGGUUCACACACCAGGAUGUUCCUCCAAGAAGUUGCCAAGGCCUGUCCAGGUUUCGACCCUGCGACUCCAGAUCCUGAGUUCCUGUGGCUGUCUGGAUACAGGUGCACCCGGCCGGAGUUUGAGCCGCCCACGCCAUUCGGUUGGAACUCGCCUCCAGGUACCGCGCCGCGGUUCGCCGGAAUUGGCGGAGGUGCUUCUGACUUUGAUGAUUCACGGUCAGAUAAGAGAGGCCUGCUUGUGGACCCAAGCUCUUGUGCUCAGGAUACACCAGACAGCUUACUCACAAGACAGAAUAAAUCCAAGAGUGAAAUCACCGACAUGGUCCGCUCCUCCACUAUCAUGGUAUCAGACAAGGCUCACAUUUUAUCCAUGCAGAAGUUCGGGCUACGAGAUACAAUAGUGAAAUCACGUCUCAUGCAGAAAGAAGAGGAUUAUACCUAUAUCCAGAACUUCAGGUUUUUUGUGGGAACAUACAACGUGAAUGGCCAGUCCCCAAAAGAAGGCCUCCGGCCCUGGCUAAGCCACGGCAUCCCGGCCCCAGAUGUAUACUGUGUGGGGUUCCAGGAGCUUGAUCUGAGUAAGGAAGCCUUUUUCUUCCAUGAUACCCCGAAGGAGGAAGAGUGGUUUAAAGCUGUGUCAGAAGGUCUUCACCCAGAUGCCAAGUAUGCGAAGGUGAAGCUCGUCCGACUGGUGGGGAUUAUGCUGCUGUUGUAUGUCAAACAGGAACAUGCAGCGCACAUCUCCGAGGUGGAAGCCGAGACCGUGGGGACGGGGAUCAUGGGCAGGAUGGGUAACAAAGGAGGCGUGGCCAUCAGAUUCCAGUUCCACAACACCAGCAUCUGCGUAGUGAAUUCUCACUUGGCAGCCCACACAGAAGAGUAUGAGAGGAGGAACCAGGACUAUAAAGACAUCUGUUCUCGAAUGCAGUUUUGUCAGAUUGACCCAGGCCUUCCCCCUCUCACCAUCAGCAAACACGAUGUGAUCUUGUGGCUGGGGGACCUCAACUACAGGAUAGAAGAGCUGGACGUGGAGACAGUGAAGAACCUCAUCGAGGAGAAGGACUUUCAAACCCUGUAUGCGUAUGAUCAGCUGAAAACUCAGAUGGCUACCAAGGCUGUCUUUGAAGGCUUCAUUGAAGGCAAACUCACGUUCCAGCCUACCUAUAAGUAUGAUACUGGCUCCGAUGACUGGGAUACCAGUGAGAAGUGUCGUGCUCCUGCCUGGUGUGACCGGGUCCUCUGGAAAGGGAAGAACAUCACUCAGCUGAGUUACCAGAGCCACAUGGGCCUGAAGACCAGCGACCACAAGCCUGUCAGCUCGGUGUUUGACAUUGGGGUGAAGGUGGUCAAUGAAGAACGUUACCGGAAGACUCUGGAGGAGAUCAUUCGCUCCCUGGACAAGAUGGAAAAUGCCAACAUUCCUUCCGUGUCCCUUUCUAAGCGAGAGUUCUGUUUUCAGAAUGUGAAGUACAUGCAGUUGCAAGUACAGUCCUUUACAAUUCAUAAUGGACAAGUUCCCUGUCAGUUUGAAUUCAUCAACAAGCCUGAUGAGAAGUCGUACUGUAAGCAGUGGCUGAACGCCAACCCCAGCCGAGGUUUCCUCCUGCCAGAUUCUGCUGUUGAGAUUGAAUUGGAGCUAUUUGUAAAUAAGACCACGGCUACAAAGCUCAACUCAGGUGAAGACAAAAUCGAAGACAUUCUGGUUUUGCACUUGGACAGGGGCAAGGAUUACUUCUUGUCUGUGUCUGGGAACUACCUGCCCAGCUGUUUUGGAUCUCCCAUUCAUACACUGUGCUACAUGAGGGAACCAAUCUUGGAACUGCCACUGGAAACAAUUAGAGAGCUGACUCUGAUGCCCCUACAGACUGAAGAUGAUGGGGUCCAGUUGGAGAACCCCUUGGGAAUUCCCAAAGAGCUCUGGAUGAUGGUUGAUUACCUGUACCAAAAUGCUAUCCAGCAGGAAGAUCUGUUCCAGCAGCCAGGCCUGAGGUCAGAAUUUGAGCAUAUCAGGGACUGUUUGGAUACUGGAAUGAUUGAAAGCCUCUCCGCCAGCAAUCAUUCCGUAGCUGAAGCCCUGCUGCUUUUCCUGGAGAGCCUGCCAGAGCCUGUCAUCUGCUACAGCACCUACCAUAACUGCCUGGAAUGUUCUGGCAACUACACCGCGAGUAAACAGGUCAUUUCUACUCUCCCUACAUUCCACCAAAAUGUCUUCAACUACUUGAUGGCAUUUCUGCGAGAACUGCUGAAAAAAUCAGCAAAAAAUCACUUGGAUGAGAAUAUUCUAGCUAGUGUAUUUGGCGGCUUACUGCUUCGAAACCCAGCUGGUCACCAAAAGCCUGACAUGGCAGAGAAGAAGAAGGCUCAAGAAUUUAUUCACCUGUUCCUCUGCAACUCACCCUGAGCCUGUCUCCUCUCCUCUUUUACUCGAAGCAGUCAAUUACCAGCCCCACCUGUUUAAGAUCAAGAACUACCACAACAAGAUGUGAGGUGUCUUGGAAGCAAAAGCGGCAACUGCCUAUUUCCUGAGCCCUGACACCAUCCCCCGCCCCACCAUGGCUGUCACAGUCCUGUCACCCUGAGUUCUGAAGACAUGGGGGAAAUCCGCCACAAUAAAACCGACUGUCAAUGUUCAACUUCAGUUAUUUAACACAGAUCUAUUUUUUUAAACUUUAAAGAUUUUAAAUAACUCUGUUUCUUGUUCUCACUCACUGAAGCCUGCCUUCAGGACAUAGUCAGUGCCUUCCCUGUAGCUUGAGCUGGGCUCCCCUUGAACAGAUAUUUGAACAAACUUUGGGGUCCUAAAGGGAGAAUGAAUUGGACAGCAAGAAUGCAAGUGGAAUCUGCUGGAUAAACAGAUCACAGUCACCCAGAUGCUUCCAGGGCUCUAAGGACGUGUGUAUAUAUAUGUAUAUAAAAACCCUACCCCCUUUCCUACUCAGAUGUGACUAAACAACUCUGAGGCUGGCCACUCAGCCUCUGAGGGCAAUACAGUGGCUUAAAAAUGAAGGUACUGAAGAAAGUGGUGUUUGGGGAAACAAAUGGAAUUUUCCGGGUCAACAAUCCUCCAAACUGUAUAUGAUGCAUCCCCUCUCUCAUAUAUGUAAUAUAUUUUAAUGAUAAAUGUAUUUUUAACAGUG